AUGAAGGUGCUACAUACUGUGAAAGAAGUUGUUGAAUGGAGAACCAAAGAAAUUGGUGAUCGUAGAAAGAUCAGUGUUGGGUUUGUUCCAACAAUGGGAUGUCUUCAUCAAGGGCAUGCUACAUUGAUCAAAACUUCAAAACAAGAGAAUGAUUUUACAGUUGUUAGUAUUUUUGUUAAUCCAUCUCAAUUUGCGCCAACUGAAGAUUUAGAUCAGUACCCUCGUACAUUACCUGAAGAUAUUAAAUUACUUGAAUCCUUAGGUGUGGAUAUGCUAUUUGCACCAACUGCCAAAGUUAUGUAUCCUCAAGGUAUCCCUUUGGAUGUCACUGUUCAAAGAGGACCCUUUGUGAGUGUUCUUGGUGUCAGUGAAAUGUUGGAAGGUACUACAAGACCAAAUUUCUUCCGUGGUGUAGCUACUGUAGUUACUAAACUAUUAAAUAUUGUUCUUCCAGAUAUUGCAUACUUUGGACAAAAAGAUAUUCAGCAAUUCACCGUCUUGCAAGUAAUGGUUAAUGAACUUUUCAUGAAUACUAAAUUGAAAAUGAUGCCAAUUGUAAGAGGAGAAAACGGUUUGGCACUAAGUAGUAGAAACAAGUACUUAUCACAAGAAUCUUUAGAAAUUGCAACAAACAUUUAUAAAGGUUUGAAUGAAGCCAAAUUACAAAUCGAAAGUUUGAACAAUGAUGGUGGAGAGAUAAAAAGUAGAGAUGAACUAGUUCAAUUGGUUUUAAAUAAAUGGAAACCAUUCAUCGAUUUAAACGAUUUCAAAGUUGACUAUAUAUCCAUCGCUAACUGGGGAACUUUGACUGAAGUAACCGAAGUUAAAGCUCCUAAAGAUGGUUUCCAAUACAUCAUUAGUUGUGCCGUUUACGUCACUGAUAGAGUUGACAAAUCACGUAAAGUAAGACUAAUCGAUAAUAUUGUCCUGUAG